AGAUUCCUGGCUGAGACCUACGUUCAACAGCUUUUCAACUUGUAUACAAACCCAGUGCUCUCCGCAGUUUCCUCCUGUCGUCGCCGUUCUCCUCUCCCGUGAUAAUAAAUCGCCCGUGUUAUCGCAUUCGAGCAGAUCGAGCUUCAUUGAUCGUGAAAGAUCGUUCGAUUCCGUGAUUAUCGCAACGUGGUACAUGGUGAUUAUUCGAUUAUAAUUCGAAGCCAUUAUAUACGCGCAAUUAAAAUCGUUCCAUUGAAUUCUUCCGAAUAUCGACACGGCGCAAGCAUGCAAGCCGAGAAGGCAGAUAACGAAACUGAGAAAAACGACGCAAAGGUAGAGAAGAACGAAGAGGCGGAGAAAAGUAACGCGGAAGGGGAGAAGAAAGGGGAGGACAAAGCGGAAACGAACGGUGCCACCAAGGAGGCGACCGAAUGCGUAGCGAAUUUGAAAAUCGAGGAGAACGAGACGGGAAGAUUGACGCCUAGCAGUCCAAGCGCCGCGCAGUCUGGCAGCUUUUUGCAAAGUUUCAAGGCUUUCUCGAAAUUCGGCGACCCGAAAAGCGACGGGAAGCUGAUCACUCUGAGUCAGAGCGACAAAUGGAUGAAACAGGCGAAGGUGAUCGACGGAAGGAAGAUCACCACUACCGAUACUGGGAUUUACUUCAAGAAACACAAAUCCAUGAAAUUAGGCAUUGAACAAUACAAAUCGUUCUUGGACGAGCUGGCGAAAAGUAAGAAGGUCGAUCCAGCGGAGAUGAAGAAGAAGAUGGCGAAUUGUGGACCACCUGGAGUCUCAGCCGGUGCUGGUGGAACAGGAAAAGCGGCCUCCACAGUGGACAGACUCACGGACGUGAGCAAGUACACGGGGUCGCACAAGCAACGAUUCGACGAAAGCGGAAAGGGGAAAGGUAUCGCCGGGCGGAAGGACAUACCCGACCAAUCCGGUUACGUGCAGGGCUAUCAAAACAAAGACACCUACAAGGCCCACUAGCUUCAGAUUCGCGCGCUUCUGUGAUGUCUUCGACACUCUGUUGUCCCGUCCACGCACUUUACACGAAACGUUGUCGCGUUCUUGCCUCGUCUUCGUUAUCCUCGAUCUGCACAAGGUUCUUCCGCAAGCCCGUUGAACGGUGCUCGUCGACCAUCGAUGCAGAGAAAUUGGCGAUGAUCGGUGAACGCGUUGGAAAAUAUCCUCGAUAUUACCGAUUGCCGGUAACGAGAAUCUCGAAGCGAGAUUCGAGGAGAUGGUGAUGGAUUUGGAACGCGAUUCGUGGACUCGGUCUUUCUUGGACAAUUGCUGGUGUAGAUCUCGACAAUGCGUUUUUACCCAUGGAAUAUCUGGGAGUGGGGCUUUUCCUUUACGAAGGAGCUACUAUUUGUUAUACUAAUCCGAAUGCAAGCUGUAAUUAUCGUAUUUCACUCUGUUUCGAUUUCCAACACUUUGUAGAUCACUGUGUUUCGUUUGCUUUGUACUUCGUUCCACGCGAGCUUGUCGAUCAAACAGCUUCCUCGCUUUUCUCACGGACAAUUGAUCCCAGAUGUGAUUCCAAUUUCUACGAGAUAUGUAUAUGUAUGUGUGUGUGUACUUACUUAUUUAUCAGUGAAAAGUAGAAUUUAAAGAGACUGAGAUAAAAAUGGGUAUACAAAAAUGAGGACAAAAACUUAUUUAUUGCAUUCGUAUAUCAACAUUUUUGUAUAUCAAAUAUCAUAGUUCUUUUUUUUUUUUUUGGUUUUCAUUCUUUAAAUUUUCUUUCUACUUUUGAACACUCUAUAUACAGUUAUUGAUGGAUCACAAGAGUAGAUAACUUUUAAAUCAAUCUCAUUCGAAUUGAUCAUUAAACUGGGAUCAUUUGAGAAUUAAAGAAAUAAGGUCGUGCAAUCUCGUGGGUGAUUCUCAUGAUAAACGAAUGUUCAUUAUUCCAUUCUCCGAUAGAACGUUGAAUUCGUGUGAUUUUGAUCGAAAGAUAAUUUCUUCUUCUUUUCUUUUCUUUUCGACGUAUUGUACAAUUAUUUUGACAGAUUAUUCGCAAGUAUAAAUAUCGCUCGAUUUUCUUUGUUAACUGUCUUUCGAACGCGUGUUCAAUCGAAAAUCUAAAUAUGAUGCUAUUCGAACUUCAAAUUUCUUUUAUACACUGUUCUCGGUCAUAUAUCUUGACUUAUGAAUAUCGAAAUGAUCAUAAAUGUAAAACUCUUGGUUAAGAGUUGAUUAUCGUUUCAUGGAAAUGAAGAAGCCGAAGCUGCAAAGCAGACGAUCUUAAUUUCUUCUACUUAAUAUGCGUGUAAAGAUACGAAUGUGUUUGAGUGUAAAAUUCUCGAGAGUUAUUUUCGAAAGUUAUUUAUAUAGACAUUAAUGGACACUAAUGGAUUGACAAACAAUAAUUUUCUUAAUGCAAUUCGUAAUGCUUAUAAAUACUCUCAAAAAACGAAACUGUCGAGAGAGUAUUUUAGAUAAAAGAAUUAUCCGAUUAUCCGUAAUUUCCAUUCUUGUGGUGUCUAUUAGCGAAAAAUAAGGAACUUUCGAGAGUAUUGUUCUCAAAUAUAUCUGUACUCUGAUAUAUGCUUUUCUCUUCGAGAAAUUUUCAAAGCUAAUAAUAUCCUCAGAUACGUAAAAAAAAAAUUGUCUACAAAUGUAGUAGUAUACGAUGAAAUUGAUGCAAAUUUCGAGAUGUUUAUGGUUAUUCUAUACGAAGAUGUAUUUACGUAUACAUUAUAUUAAUCGAAUUAAAGUGUACUUAAAAGUUGGUCGCCCAGCGUGCAACGGUGGCGAACUCGAGACCAAAAUCCGUAAUUCUUGGUACUAAUUCUUGGAGAUAUUUAAGUGAAAUGCGAAACUCACCGUUUUCAAUUGGCGACACGAUUGUGAAAGCGACAAAAUCUAUUUUUCAAGAUCUAUUUUUCAAAGAUAAUUAUUAUUUAUUCCGUGUUUUCAAAAAAGUAUUAAGAAAAGGCAAUUCUUCGUUACUAUUAUUUGUUAUCAAGCAUUUUGUUGCCUUUUUUUGUUCUCACCUCGAAAAUUAUCUCGCUUUCGCAAGAGUGCCAUCAUCGUAACGCACUUUACGAGUUCUUUCUAAUCGAUGUACACUUAUUUAAGGGACAACGUACCUCGAUCGAUACUCUUCUGAUUUCAGGAGUUCGUUCGAUCAUUCGAAACAAUAAAGGCGAGUUGAACGAAAUAAAAUUUAUCCAAUUAUCACAU